CUAGGGGGACAAGGGGGGGACGGUCCCCACGCUGGGGUGGGUAGGGUCCAGGGAGCGCCUGGCCUACGUGGAGACAGCGAGACCACCACCUUGCAGCUGGAGGGGCACACGGACACGUCUCAGACUGUCACAUCCCCGCGGUGCAGCAGCACAGGGGAGCUGACCCCCCGGACAGCCAGGGGACACCGCGGAGGGGCCCGACCCUGCCCCAUCCUCACAGGGCACGAUGGCACCAGGGAGAGGGGAUGCGUGCCGCAUGCCGGGGGCAGCGGGGACGUGCGCGGCGGCCCAGGCCGCCCUCUGCAAGGCCACGGCCGGGCACCGGCUGCUGGUGCUGCAGCUCGGGGGCAGCGCCGACAGCCCCCGGCUGCGAGAGGAGCGGCGCAGGAGGAGCGCGGAGGCCCGCGACCUCAGCACCGGGCUGCAACGCACGCUGCUGGCAGGGCUGCGGCAGGCGUCGGCGAGCCCCGAGGAGCGGCGGGAGCUGGAGAGGCUGUGGGUGCUCUUCCUCUCCACCCUGGAGCUCUUCCUGCAGGAUCUGCGCCGAGCCCACCACCUCUGCCAGCUCUUCUCCAUGCAGGGGGGGGGCACAACCCCACUGCGCACUGGGCUGGGGAGCCGGGGACUGCCCAGCCACAAGGGAAGCCGGCGAGGGGGGGGUCCUGCACAGCCCCCGGCCACCCCGUGCCUGGAGGAAGAGAUCGAGCAGGUGAGAGCCACACUGGUGGAGAUGGAGAGCAGAGCCAACAUCCCACCGUGGACAGUGGAGGCCACGCAGCCAGCAGGGAUGGGUGGCACUGCAGCCCCUGCAGCUGGGGCGGCUCGGGAGGGGUCUCACGCCGGGCACUGCUGCAGGAUCCUCUGACUGGGGGGCAGGAGAGAAGGUGGCAGGGCUGGCACCCCCCAUGCCCACUCAGGCAUCACAGAGCAGGGGACAGAGCGCUGCAUUACCCCCCUGGGCAGACGAUGCUGGGGGCUGCUCCCACCCUGUGGAGGGAAGAAGGACGAGCUCCAGGCACCCCAAGUGUUAAUAAAGGCCCUGUUACCCC